CUAUUGACAGCAAGGAAGGCUCCAGAGGGGAAGGAGGUGUUUCAACCAGAGGAGGAGGAGGAGCAUUUGGAGGAUAAGGGAUUGUUGGCGAAAAGCUUGUCAUGCUAGGAGGUGUUUCAAGCAGAACAACACUCGGUGGAGGGGGUGCUUCGAGAAUUAGUGUGCAAGGUGGGGUUUCACAGGAUGUCAAUGAAGCAACACUAUCUGGAGGAGAGGGAGAGUCGCUAUAUGUGAUCACAAAGGGGUUUUCGGAAGGAUUCUUCCACGACUUUUUUGGAGGGCAUGGUGGGUUGGGACACUCCUCAAAUGAAGAUGCGGGAGGGACCUGUGUGGUGCCCGAACCUGGAGACGGCGGUGCGGACUGUGAUACUGUUAAAUUUGAAGAGGAUAGAGGGGGGGUUCCUAUGACAAUGAUGAUAGCAGGGGACAUCGGAGAUGAAGAUUUAAAAGGUCCUGGACUCGUGGAAGGUGCUGAUGACAACAAUGGUGGUGAGGAGAGUUCUGUAGAAGGGGGGCAACCUUCGCCAACACAGAUCUCUUCCCCAGGUGGUGUAGCAGGUGGGGUCGAAAACAUGGAUUGGAGGAUGACUGGUGGGGAGACGGAGUUGCAUAUGGUGGUGACUCUGUGGGCUGGGAAGGAAGUGGAGAGAAAGGUGGAAGAGACAGGGAAGGUGGAAGAGGGCCAGAGGUUGGAGGGGGUGAAACUGGAGGGAGGAUUUGUGGGGAUGGAGAUUGCUGAGGGGGCGGGGGUGGCGGAGACUUUGCCUGUGGUGUUGCUGAAGGUGGAGGAGAUGAAGGAAGAGGAGGAGGAGGAGGAGGAGGAGGAGGAGGAGGAGGAGGAACGGGUGGAGAAGGGGAUGGAGGAGGGGAUGAAGAGAGUAGAGGUGAUGACAGUGGUGUCACAAGUACGGGGGAAGCUUGUGGAGGAGUUGAUGGAUGUGGCGGCUGCAAAUGGAAAUGAGGAGGAAAAGAGUUCGGAGCUGCAGGAGGAGAAGGGAAGGGUGCUGGUGCAGAUGUCUGAGGACUUGGUGGCGAAGGCACCGCCGUUGGAGGCAAUGGAGUUGGUGGACACUCCUCUGGCACAUACCCGCAAAGAGGUGUUGGAGCUGAGGGGCAAUUGUCUGCAUUAGCAAAACGGCCACAGUGCAAAAGCACACACACAUGAAUACACAUGCGCAUGUGCCAACACACACAUAGACAGACCCUCAAGCAAACACACACGUAUGGGGGCAGGCAGACAGACAUACACACAAAGAGCAAAGAAAGCCAUGUCAUCAGAAACACAUGCACAAGCUAAUGAAUGCCACAUGGGAAA